ACCACUGCCGUUUCAUUCCACUACACCACGCAAAAACCACGAUGGUGGUUCGGAGCGGAGCCGACGACGGAACCGCCGAGGACGGAAUCGCGGGGGUUUCCGACUACGAGAAAAUCAGAGAGCAAAGGAUCAAAGAGAACCUGGCCAGAAUGCAGGACAUGGGCAUUUUCGACCUUUCACGCCAGCUCCACUCCUUCAAACCUAACCCUCCCAAACGCGCUCGCCGGAGUCCUCCUUCCGAUCAGCCCAAAACCCACAACUCAGUUCCCCCAAGACGCUCCUCCAGGUUGCAGAAUGUGGCUCCUGUAACCUAUGUGGAAACUGUAAGGAAGGUCUCAGUUGAACAAAAAAGAAGAGUAAGGAAGGCUUCUCAAAAUGCAAGGAACCCCAAUGGUGGGAAGAGAAGGACAUCAGACACUGAAUCAGAGACUGACUCAGAAUCAGAGUCAGGCUCAGACUUGGAGUUCGACUCUGACUCUGAGGUUAAAGUUCGUAUACAGAUUUCAAAUUCUGGGUCUCCACCAAGGCGCUCUUCUAGGUUGAGAGAUGUGGCUCCAGUGAGUUAUGUGGAAACUAGUCCUAAAAAGGAGAGAGAGCACUCAGAGAGUGUUGAGGGAGAGUCCUCGGUGGAUGAAUAUGGAGAAGAUGGGGUCAAGGAUGAAACUUGUCACCAAUGCAGGCAGAGAACUCUUGGUGAUCUUACUCAUUGCAGCAAAUGUGACUUGGUCCAAGGGCAGUUUUGUGGAGAUUGCUUGGAUAUGAGAUAUGGAGAGAAUGUGAUUAAAGCCAACCAAAAUCCUGAUUGGGUUUGCCCUGUUUGUCGGGGUAUCUGUAACUGCAGUCUCUGCUUGAGUAGGAAGACACAGGAAUUAAUGCAUGAUGAUAGCAAAGAAGAAAUGGAGGGAUGCCUCAUGGGGAAAGAGGUCAACUUCUUAGGUAGUGAGCAUGUUCCUACAGAAGACGUGCGCAAGCUAGAUGCUGCUACUAUUGCUUGUGAUGUUGAUGGUAAGACAAAGAAAGAACCAAAAAGGAGCACGAGCACGAGCACGAUUAGUGCGCAUGUUGCUGCAGAAGACAUGGACAAGCUAGAUGCUGCUGGUGAUGUUGUUGAUGGUGAGACAAAUAUAGAACCAAGAAGGAGCACGAGGACAAGUAGUUUGCAUGUUGCUGCAGAAGACCUGGGCAACCCAGAUGCUGCUGGUGAUGCUGUUCAUGGUGAGACAAAGCAACCAAGAAGGAGCACAAGGAGAAGUAGUGGGCAUGUUGCUGCAGAAGACAUGGGCCACCUAGAUGCUGCUGGUGACGUUGAUGGUGAAAAAAAGAAACAACUAAGAAGGAGCACAAGGAUGAGGAGGAACUAAAUAUUUAUAGAUCAUAAAUUGAUUGACAUGACGCCCUAAAUACAAAUAGUCUUGGAACAAUUGGUGAAAGGUUGGAAGAAACCAGACAGUUUUUUUUAUCACAGAUGCUACUUUUUUGUUAGCAGGGCAGCUUAAUGUUUUGUGGAGAAUUGAUUUGGCAUAGGGAAAGUUUUCUUCAAUUGCAGCUCUGUAGUACAUGGCAGUAUCAGUAAUAUCUAGUCUUUUUGACGCAUGUGAUCCCUC